UGCGCUAACUGCGCUUGCACAAAAAAUACUAAACAACAUUUCGUCGAUAAACAGAUCGAAACAGACCCUAACUGUGGUGUCAGUACCUGCAGUUGCGGAGAAAAUUGCAGCUGUUCUCAAGAGAGUUGCAAAUGUUAAUUCUCUCAUAACCACGCAUUAUAUUUUAUAUUGUAAAGCAUUGUUAUUCGUUUAG